AUGAUGAGCCGCGGCGACCCAAUCGACCCCUUCACCCGUCUACUACACACCGCCCUGUCGACGGCGCCGUCGACGACCGAGGACGCACUCGCUCCAUCCCCGGUCGACAAGGCGCCGCAGAUCUCCGCCUGGGCCAUCCUGCUCAAGAUCAAGUGGUACGCGCUCUCCGUGUUCCUGGUGUACAGCGUCACGCUGGCGCUGUUCCCGGCUGUCACGGCCAAGAUCAAGUGGAUCGGCUCCGGCCCAGCGGACCAGCAUUCGGUUUGGGCCACGAACUACUUUGUACCGGUGUGCUGUUUUCUCCUUUACAACGGAUGCGACUACCUCGGUCGCAUUGCUGGAGGAUUCACUGUUUGGCCGAGGAAGCACCAGUGGUACCUGGUGCUGGCGAUGGCGGUGGUGCGGCUGGCCUUCUUCCCACUGCUGAUGUACUGCAACGUGGACCACAAGCACCUGGACACCGUCUUUAACAGCGACAUCUAUUACAUCGCCUUCAUGACGCUGUUCGGCCUCAGCAACGGCUACCUGUCCACACUGUGCAUGAUCUACGGGCCUGGUUUGGUGGAGCGGGAGGAGCAGAACACAGCCAGCUCCAUGAUGGCUGCCUUCCUGGGUGCCGGCCUCUGCAUAGGCGCCUUCGUCAGCAACGCCUCCAUCCAGAUCAUCUGAUUGGUGGACGGACCGCCGGCUGGAGCAGAGCGCGUCACGUGACCGCAUUCCAGCGAGACCGACCGGCUGGUCUCGUCCCUGCCUCCUCCCCUCGGCCGACAGUGCCACUUGGAGUGUGGAGCGCCCGUGGAAUAGUUUUGUACAUCGCGUCGUAUAUGUCGGGACGCAGGGAUCGCAGUUUUAAGGCAGCCACUGCGAUAUGUAAUUGUGUCGUUGCUGUCGUUCCUGUCCUUUGUGCAUGGCAGGAGCUGCCGUUUCGCUGGCCUGGAGGUUUGAUCAGGUGGACUUCAAAUGAUCAUGUGCAUAUUGCGACAAUGCACGUGGCAUAGCCAUGGAGAAGCCGUACACUGGCUCCAAUGUCAUAGGUUUUGACCAGGUAUUUACGGGAUCGUUUGAUUUCCAUGUGGUUGGCUUGUGCAUGUAUCAGUCGCCUGGCAGUCCAGACUGUAUUUCACGCGCGAUGCAUGACUCGCAGUCCACCGAAGAGGCGAGGCAGACAGCUUUAAGAGGCGGGGCAGACAGCUGUCUGGAUGUGCUGUGACCGUCUUGCCUGUCUUCAAUUUCGUACUGUAGCGAUUGAGAGACUAGUGUCAGCAGACAACGCGGCGAAGGCGAUGAUAAUGUUCGCACUGACGUGGAGAAUGACUUCGAGACGCCUCACAAAUCACAAAAUCACGUGCUUUCUGUGAAUUGGUCUUUCCUUGCAGAGCGGCGUCGGUUGGUCGGGAAUGAAAGCAGGCGUCAGGCCAAAGCCUGCUAAGGCCUAAGGCAUAAUAUGAGCUUGCUUUAAAAAAUGACUUGCUGACGGGGCUUCGCUGAAUUGUAUACAGCUGGCCGUGUAUUUCCCGUCGGUGCACCGGCUACUGCAUCGUUUGUCGAUGACCUGUAAGGCCGUCAGGAAUGCGAAACAGCUGCGACUUACUGUACCCACCAUACUCAGGUACGCUCCAUUCCUGUUGUGUAGUAAUCUGACGAACAAUCUUUCAGAAUAAACGUGCGUCGUCGCAGGCGCCCGUGUUCGGGCAGGCAGACGCCCUGUUCUAGGCAGGCCUGAACUGAGGCAGGCGUCUGCUUCUGCGUCAGCUUUGCAUGGUGCGGCAGCGUUUAGUGAGCUCUGCCUUGAUGUGUCGGCAUCAUUGUCACAGGGGGCGUGCUAGGCCUCGGAGACAGCGGCUGUAAGCCCGCCGCUGCGACCAGCCGGUUCCUCCGGCGCGCCGUGUGCCUCAGUGGAUGGGACGCGGUGUCACCAUGGCGAAGCCGAGUGGCAUGCGUCUGUCACACACUGGCUUGCAAAGGGGUCGGGCGUGCGCUUUGCGGUUUCAUCGUGAGCGAAAACGCGGCGCGAGAUUCGGUAGUGAGAAACGGGACUGGAUAGAUGCGGGAAGCACCCUUUCCCGCUACCGGUUCAUACUCGUGUGCGGUGCAGU